CGCACAUAUUCUCCUCCGUCACUCUUGCAUCCCCGUGAAUACGCCCGCACAGACGCCCCCUGCCCCAUAGCGCCUGAAAGAUGCAGCCCUUCCCCAACCGGUCACCCCCGCCCAUGGGGAUGCCCUACGGCGCGUACCCGAUGCAGGUGCCCCCCGGCGGACACAUGCCACCUCCGCACAUGCCGCCCCCCCACAUGCACGGCAUGCCCGGCGUCCCGCCGCCGCACAUGUAUGGCAUGGGCGUGCCGCCGCCAAUGCACCCAAUGGGCAUGAUGCACCAUCCCCCGCACAUGGGGCACCAUGUGCCGCACCCGGGGCUGGCUCCGCCGCCGAUGGCCGCGGGCCACCUGCCCUCCGGGCACUCGCGACCGGCGCCUUCGCGCUCUGCCGCGUCCUCCGGGUCACGCGGCGGUGGCCGGGCCGCGCUCGCCCGUGCCGGAGUCAUUUCCGGCGGCGACAUCAUUUCCCUCUUCGUCGGGUCAAUCUCGCCGAGGCUGGAUGACCGAUCCCUCGAGGCCAUGUUCCGCACCGUCGGCUCCUUCGUCAAGUGGGAGCGCGUGCGCGGCUUUGGCUAUGCCUCGUUCGGGAAUCUGGUCGGCGUCAAGCGGGCGCUGGUCCUGAUGAAUGGCCUGCUGAUCGGCGGCCAGGCACUCAAGGUCACCGCCGACAAGACGGUCACGGCCAAGCUGGUGGCCGAGCGCGAGGAUCGUCUGUCUGGCAUGAAACAGGCGCGCGAGAAGGUGGACGCCGCGCGCGAGGCACUCGCCGCCCAUCCCCCUGCUUCGGAGGCCGAGAUCGAGGAGGAGGUGGCCGCGGCGGCGGCCCUGAACGCGCCCGCGGCCCCGGCCCCGGCCUCCGCCCCGUCGGAGGGUCAGGACCCCCCGCCUGAGGAUGCGGCCGAAGUGCCGGCCCUCAGCCCGCGCGCGGCCGCUCGUGCGGCCGUCGCCCAGGCCGAGGCCGAUCUCCAGGAACUGGAAGAGUGGACCACGCGCGAAACCGAGGCCGAAACCCGCCAGCGCUGCCACGCCUACACCCUGACCAUCAACCUCCUGUCAAACCUGGGGCUGGCCCAUCCGGAUGCCGAGCAGGCGGUCACCUCCGGGACUUUCCCGGACUUUGAGCAGAUUCUGACCACGCUGCUGGCCCCGGCCGGGAGUUCGACCCCGGCCGCGGGCUCCGGCUCCGGCUCCGGCUCCGGCUCGACAGCAGCCCCGGCCGCGGCUCCGGUGGCUGACUCGACGCCGGCGACCAAAACAAGCGCCCCUGGGCCCGGCGCCACCGACUCCGCGAAUGCCGAGACCACCUCCUCCCCGGGGGAUAUUCCCCUGUCGGCGGUCCCCGGCGGGGUGGGCAGCCCCAUCGAGGUGACUUCCUCCACGGUGGAGAAGGCGGUGGCCUCCUUCCGUGAUCGGGCGCGCGAGGAUGACCGCCGGCGUUUGGAGAUGGCCGAGCGCCGGCGCCAGCAGGAGCUGGAAUUCCGCCAGAAGGAGCAGGAGAAUCUCUUCCGCUCGUCGCAACUCCGCUGGAAGGAUCUGGAGGGGGCAUACCUGAAGUCCCUGGCCAAUGGCCGGAACUUCCUGGCCGCGCGCCAACGCUUCCAGGAGAUUGACGUGCCGGAGAUGCUUCGGCUACUGGACGACCCGGCGGCCAUCCGUGCGCUGCCCUUUUAUACCAACCGUGAGCGGUACUUCGCCGCACGCGAGCGUGAUCGUGCGCGCGAGGAGGCCGCCGACCUUCGCGAUCGGGAAAAGGAGGAGGCCGAGCUUCAGCAGGACCGCCACACCCGGGACCGGCAGGCUGAUGCCGGGACCACUGCCGGGCGGCCGGCCUCCGGUCACCAGUCGCAACAGCUCACGGACGCUGAGAUCGAGCGCCGCGCUCGCGAGGACCUGCGUGCUGCCCUGAACAACCUCCCGCGGGAUCCCCUGUUCGCCGGGGCAGAUGGCCAGGCGGCGGCCAACAUUGUGCCCACCGCCGCCCCGACGGCUGGUGUCGGUGUGGUUCUGGCCGCGGCGCCGACCAGCACGGACGCCGGUGCCAAGCGCCCGGCCGCGGCCGCUGUCGAGGACGAUGUUGCCCCUGCGGCCAAGCGUCACCAGCCGCCGUCCUCGGCCACGGAUGUGCUGGCCUCGCUGACGGCCCUGCUGAAUGCCGGUCCCCUGUCGGUGGAGGAGUUCCGCACGCGUCUGGAGCAGGUCCUCCCCACUGGGCAUGCCAUUCUCAUGCAGCUGCCGGUCGAGUGGCCGCUGGUCACGCCGGAGCUGCUGGAUGCGUAUGUCCGCCCGUGGGCUGAUACCGCGGUCCAGCAGUCCCUCGGGGCUCGCGACCCGGAGCUUGUCUCCUACUUGGUGGAUAUGCUCGGGUCGUCGCCCUCUGCAAACAACCUGCACGAGCAGUUGGCGCCACUGUUCGACGUGGCCACCGACAGCUUCUUUGCGGGCAUCUGGCGGAAUCUGCUCAUUGGCACAUGGACCGCAAAGCGGGCACUCCGCUAAUGUGUAGGCGUGGCCAAUUCCCUGCCCCGAUGGCACUUGCCCCCUCUUCUUUUCUUUUUUUUUCUCAGGACUGAAAAUGUGCCGCUCGUGCUUGCGACAGCAGCUUCCCCUGCCCUCAUUCCAUGACCAACACCAUUGCCUUCCGCCAUGCACACGCCGAUGAACAGGAACAGAAUAUAGACCUUGUGGUACUGUGUGUCCUCCUUUCGGAAAGGGGCGGGGAGGGCGGGGACAAAAGAGGCCUGUGGGGCAGAGAGGGGGAGGGGUGGCCUAACAACCGCGAAAGCAACAGAGAAACAGUGAAUUUCCAUCGAAAGGGGAGUAAAACCCGACGGUCAAAGAAAAAAAAAAGCAACGACAGGGGAAGAGGCCCAUGGGCUUCGCUUAUCCCCCGGGCUUGGGAGCCGGGGAUGUGGCGAGGGUGGGCCCAGUGCCGGCCGAAGAGCCGGGCCCGCCGAAAACGCCAGCAAUCUGGGUAUCAGCAAUCAGCCGGCUGGAGGUGCGAAUAGCGGCCAGUGUGGCGGAGGCCUUGCCAGCAGCGCGUCUCAGGUGACGGCCCCCCUGGUGAUUGGCGCGCACAAGACCAGCCAGGCGGCGCUCGAAGGAGGCCGGCCCGGCGUCGGCCGGCCCGGCAGAGGUGGCCAAGUCGGCCGAGCUGGCCGGGCUGGCCGGUGUCCCUGAGCCAUCGGACCGCUCGGGGCCGCCGGUCCCCGUGGCUGAUGGCGCCGGGUGUCGGUCCUCCAGCUGGGGAAACUCGUCCAACAGCGAAUCAAAGUACCGGCAAAACUGCGCAAUAUCGGUGGCAUAGCCAUGGAGGCGCGCGCGCGUGUCCAGCAGGUGCGGCGCCGACAGGUCACCCGGGAUCGGCCGAGCCCCGGUGCUCGGGCCAGUGCGGGCGUUCCCCGACGGUGCGCGGCCCGGGGGCGGCGGCAGCGCGGCAAUCUCACUGACGGCCACGGCAAAGGCAUGGGCCAGCUGGCAGGGCGAGGCAGGGACAAGGGAAGGCAGGGAGUCAGAAAGUCACCCGGAGAGGAGGACAGGCCGGCGAAGGGACCACGACGGAUGCCAAAUGUGCAGGAGGCGCACAUCUUGCAAAACCAGCUGCGCGG